CCUAAAACAGAAUCCUCUAAACUGCCCAGAAUUAAGAGUUAUUGAAAAGUACUGGGCUAUUAAUAAAAGAAAAAUGAAAAAUGAAAAAAAACUUUGCAGAAAUAUUAAAGGUAUUAAAAUAUCAUUUAAAAAAACAUCAAAUGGCUUUAAUUCUUAUUCUGUGCACAAGCUUAUGGGUACCAUCAAAGGAAAAGUUUGAACUUUUAUUAUAUUCCCACAGGAAUAAUUUGAUCUUCUUAUAUUAUUGUAUUAAAGUUAUUACUUGGUUGGAAAUAAAAAUUAAAGGAAAAUCUAUGAACAUUUGGGUGAAAUAUUUUACAUUUUCAUUACUUUUCACAAGGAAAAUGGCCUGGCGAUCUCAUGGAAAAGACAAUAAUGAUUUAGUUUACACACUGAAAAAAAAUGGUAUUCUUACAUCGCCAAGAGUAGAAGAAGCUAUGCUGAAGGUGGAUCGAGGUCAUUUCAGUAGACAAAAUCCAUAUUUUGAUGCGCCUCAAAGCAUAGGUUAUUCAGUUACAAUCAGUGCUCCUCAUAUGCAUGUACAUGCUUUGCAACAUCUGGAAAAUCAUCUUACAGAAGGUAGUGUUGCCCUUGAUGUUGGUUCAGGAAGUGGUUAUCUUACUGCAUGUAUGGCUUAUAUGGUAGGAAAUACUGGAAAAGUAUAUGGAAUUGAUCAUAUUGGUGAGCUUGUGGAACAAUCCGAGAUCAACAUUAUGAAAGGAAACAAAGAACUUAUUACAAAUGGUGUUGUUAAGCUAAUUACUGGAGAUGGUCGGCUUGGUUAUCAAGAAGGUGGACCUUAUGAUGCAAUACAUGUUGGUGCUGCUGCUCCAGAACUUCCUCUACCACUGUUAAAUCAACUAAAGAUUGGUGGUCGGCUUAUUAUACCCGUAGGACCUGAGGGAGGCAAUCAAAUUCUUUUGCAGUGUGACAAACUAUCUGAUGGUAGUAUUAAGGAAACAAAACUGAUGGGUGUUAUCUAUGUUCCAUUGACAGACAAGUUUCAUCAGUUGAAAUCAUAGGUUUGAUGCUUCUAUCUAACAUCUUUGAAAAUCAAUGACCCUGGCUGCCUUCUUAAAAGACUUGAAUCGUUGUCUUCUUAAAAGAAUACUAAUAGACACCUGUUGAAUUUGUCAAUUUUUUUCAACUUGAUAUUGUAAAGUUUUUUUAAUUAUCUGAAAUUGCUAUUUGUUAAAAAUGUAUACUGUAAAGUAAUUUUGAAGAUUAUCAUCUUUUUAUAUUUA